CCUAACCCCGUGUAACAACUACAACUAUGACUUGCUAGUCAAGCACCAAGUGAUCAGGGUCGUUUAUCCUGACGACGUUUCAAAAGGUCCACCAUUAGUUGAGGCGAGAUCUCUGGCGGGAGACGAGACGUUCAACGUAACGGCCAGAGUCGAAGUUGUAGUCUCUGCCGGCGCAUUACAUACGCCUACCAUCCUGCAAAGGAGCGGUAUCGGACCCGCACCCUCGCUAGAAGCUAUGGGCAUCACUACUGUAUUGGAUCUUCCUGGUGUAGGCUCAAACUUGCAAGACCAUUCUUCGCCCGGCAUAUCAUGGAAUUACUCGAAGCCCGGUAACUUUUCCAACAUGCCUUCGGAUAUGCUCAAUCCUGCGUUUGCCAAUCAAGCAGCAGCAGAGUUCAACAUGACACCAGCAAGAGGCCCAUACACAUUGGCUAUGAGUUCAACUGCUCUCUACAUAUCACUUCCUAAUGUCACUGAAGAGUAUAUGAGUAUAAUCAAAGAGAUGCGCAGAGUUGCCGACGACGGCUCAGCGGCCUCUCAUCUGCCCGAAGGGUCUCACUCAACCCUCAUUGACGGCUACAAACGCCAACUUCACGUACUUGCGGACCUUCUUGAGAACUCCGAGGCUCCUAGUGUGGAAGUACCGUUUGCAACUGGGACGACCAUGCGCCCAAUCAUUCUCCAUCCGUUGAGUCGCGGCACUGUCCAUCUCAAUCUGACAGAUCACUUGGCUCAGCCUAUACUCGACUACCGCGCUGGAUCUAGCCCAAUUGAUUUCUCCAUCCACAUCGCUCAUCUCAGAUGGCUUCGCAAGGUACUUGAUACACCCACCAUGCGUAAAUAUGGUGCUGUAGCAGUUAGUCCAGACCCAGCUAUCCAAUCGGACGAAGAUCUCAAAGCGUUUGUUAAGGAGUCAAUGGUGCUGUCACACUUGCACCCAUGCUGCACAGCUGCUAUGUUACCUAGAAAUCUAGGAGGCGUUGUAGGACCGGAUCUCAAGGUCCACGGUGCAGCUGGUCUACGUGUUGUCGACAUCAGCAUCCUACCGUUCCUGCCAAGUGCACAUACCAGCUCUACGGCGUAUGCUAUUGCAGAAAAGGUCAGUGGAGAGAGAGACAUUUGA